AUGUCCAGUGGUUGUCGGCCUAGUGCCGAGCCCAUCGCCGUUGUGGGCAGCGCUUGUCGGUUUCCCGGCGGCGCGAUAUCUCCGGCUAAGCUUUGGGAGCUACUCAAGGAUCCCCGGGAUGUCCUCACAGAGAUACCUAAGAGUCGCUUUAACUCCAAGGCUUUCUAUCAUCCGGAUAGUAGCCAUCAUGGCACAACAAACGUUCGUCAUUCUUACCUAUUGUCCGAGGACCAUCGCUUGUUCGACGCCCAAUUCUUCGGGACUAAGCCAAUUGAAGCGAAUUCAAUUGACCCUCAGCAACGACUGCUGCUGGAGACUGUGUAUGAAUCCUUAGAAUCGGCGGGCAUUCCUAUGGAACAGUUGCAGGGUUCAAAUACUGGCGUUUAUGUUGGGUUGAUGACGAAUGACUACGCGGAUCUGCUGGGGAGGGAUAUCCAGAGUUUGCCAACAUACUUCGCGUCCGGAACUGCACGAAGUAUUCUCUCCAAUCGCGUGUCCUAUUUCUUUGACUGGCAUGGUCCAUCCAUGACCAUUGACACGGCUUGUUCGUCCAGUCUUAUUGCGCUUCACCAGGCUGUCCUCAGCCUCCGGAAUGGUGAAAGUAGCAUGGCAGUGGCAGCAGGAACAAAUCUUCUCCUUGGCCCCGAGCAGUACGUGGCCGAGAGCAAGCUUAAGAUGCUCUCACCUACAGGUCGCUCUCGAAUGUGGGACACAGAUGCGGAUGGGUAUGCCCGAGGCGACGGGAUAGCUGCCGUCGUGCUCAAACCGUUGAGCGCCGCGCUGGCCGCCGGCGAUCACGUCGAAUGCAUUGUUCGUGAAACUGGUAUUAAUCAAGAUGGACGGACGAAGGGGAUCACCAUGCCCAACCCUAUCGCACAAGCAGAUCUCAUUCAUGAGACCUACGCGAAAGCUGGACUUGACUUGUCAAACCCUAGUGAUCGGCCUCAAUACUUUGAGGCCCAUGGAACCGGAACACCUGCGGGAGACCCAGUUGAAGCGGAAGCCAUUUGUACUGCUUUCUAUGGCCCCAAAGCGAACUACUAUCGCGCAGCUGACGAUGAACCACCUUUGUACGUUGGCUCAGUCAAGACCGUCAUUGGGCACACUGAAGGUACAGCUGGGCUGGCUGCUGUCCUGAAGGCAUCCUUGGCAUUGCAGCAUGCAGUCAUUCCACCAAAUCUUCUACUCAACGAAAUCAACCCCGCGGUGCGACCAUUUUACAAUGAUCUUCAGAUUGCAUCCACUGCAAUGGAAUGGCCAAGACUGCCAACAGAGACACCCCGUCGGGCCAGUGUGAAUAGUUUUGGCUUUGGUGGGUCCAAUGCCCAUGCAAUCCUGGAAUCUUUCGACCCCAAAUCUACGGAACAUGGCACGAGUGACUCUUCGACUGCCCUUCUUACGCCAUUCAACUUCUCUGCAAACUCAGAAAGAUCCCUUCUUGCCACUCUUGGAUCGUACUCCACGUAUUUGAAAGAUAACCCACAUUUGAACCUCCACGAUCUAUCAUGGACGUUAAAUUGCCGCCGGUCUACAUUGCCCUUCAGACUAUCUGUAUGCGCUUCGAAUGCUACGGAACUGGUGACGAAGCUGGAUAAUGCUGUGAUGUCGCCGUCGGAGAUCUUACCCACCAGCCAGACGUCCAACAUCAAGCAGCCGAAGUUGCUCGGCAUAUUUACUGGACAAGGUGCUCAAUGGGCUCGAAUGGGAGCAGAGCUGCUGCUUGGCUCACCAUUGGCCGCAGAAUCUAUUGCUAAUCUUGAUUUGGCGCUUCGAACGCUUCCUGAAGAAGACCGUCCUGCUUGGUCGCUCAAAGAUGAGAUACUCAAGGAUGCACAAUCCUCUCGUAUUGGAGAGGCUUUGUUCUCACAGUCUCUCAGCACUGCCGUCCAGAUCAUGCUGGUCCAUCUCCUGCGUUCGGCCGGGAUUGAAUUUGCCGCUGUAGUGGGUCACUCAUCAGGAGAGAUUGCUGCAGCGUACGCAGCUGGCUAUAUCUCUGCGGAUGAUGCCAUCAGGAUUGCAUACUACCGUGGAUGGUCUUUACAGAACCCCCACAACUAUAACGGAAUUAAGGGGGCCAUGAUGGCGGUGGGCACCUCGUUUGAAGACGCACAAGAACUUUGUGAGAUGCCGUCAUUGGAAGGCCGUAUUUGUGUUGCCGCCAGUAAUUCCUCUGCUAGUGUCACGCUUUCCGGUGACGCUGAUGCUAUUGACGAAGCCAAAGACACUUUCCUAGACGAAAAGAAGUUCGCUCGCUUGCUGAAGGUCGAUAAGGCAUAUCACUCUCACCAUAUGCUUUCAUGCGCUGCCCCCUACAUCGCUGCCCUGCAGAGAUGUAGCAUCAACAUCAAGCCUCGGUCUGGCGCUCGAGCUGUGUGGAUCUCGAGUGUGUACAGCAAAGACAUUGAACACGUGCACGACAGCCUCAAUGACACCUAUUGGAGCAACAACAUGGUCAAUCCAGUUAUGUUCUCCCAGGCUGUUGCCUAUGCUGUUGGCGCACUCGGUCCAUUUGACAUGGCACUAGAGAUUGGACCCCACCCUGCCUUGAAGGGACCUACCUUACAAACUAUACAAGAAAUUUCCGGAAAUGCCGUACCAUACUCAGGCACUCUGACUCGUGGCAAAAAGGACAAGCAGUCGUUUGCAUCCGCGCUUGGCGCUAUGUGGGCUUCCCUUGGUGUGCAUGCUGUGGAUUUUUCAGCCUUUGAGCGCAGGACGGCGGGAUCCUGCCCGCAGCCAACGCUGAUCAAAGGACUACCGUCCUAUUCUUGGGACCACGAUCGUGUCUAUUGGCAUGAGUCUCGAAUAUCUACCACCCUCCGAACUGGAAAUGACGAAUUCCAUCCGCUCCUGGGUAUCAAAUGCCCGGAUAGCACCGACAAAGAGCUCCGGUGGCGCAACUAUCUUCACCCACGUGAGAUCCCUUGGCUCUCGCAUCACCAGGUACAGGGCCAAAUUGUCUUCCCCGCGGCUGGGUAUAUUUCUGCUGCAACAGAACUGCUAGUUCAAAAAUUUGAAUUGGAAUCCAUUCAACUCAUUGACUUUGAGAAUGUCAUUAUUGGGCAGGCUUUGGUCCUCGAGGAAAAUUCUGGCGUCGAGGUUAUCUUCACUCUGACGAUUCUGGAAAGCGGAAAGGACGUCGUGACAGCUUCAUAUAGCUGUUACUCCGAUGCCAAGAAGGGAACUUCAUCCAUGUCUCUGCAUGCAUCUGCCCACAUUCGGAUUCUUCUUGGAGACUGUGACCAAGCUGCUCUUCCGGCACGUACCAGCAGCCAAGUCCCCUUCCUGCGCGUUGAGGAGGCCCGAUUCUAUAGCUCCGUGUCAGAGCUUGGCUUUGGUUACACUGGCCCUUUCCGUGCUCUCACUGGGUUGAGCCGAAAGAUGGAUGAAGCCACCGGUAUGAUUACUGUGCCCGCCGAAGAUGAGACAGGUAAAUCAUUGGUCAUGCAUCCGGCCUCCCUGGAUGGUGCCAUACAGUCAAUUAUGCUCGCAUAUUGUUUCCCUGGGGAUGGACGCUUGCGCACGCUCUACCUCCCCACAAGGAUUGACCGGAUUCGCAUCAACCCCUGUAGUUGUGUGGGGUUGUCUGGUCCCGGCAUGUUUCUUCCAUUUCAUGCUUCGGCGGCAGAUGUCAGAUUUGCAGAGGUCUCUGGUGAUGUUGAUAUCUACUCCUCCGACGGUAGAUUCACCGUGGUUCAACUUCAAGGUCUUCGUACCACGCCGCUGACUCCACUCUCCCCCGACAAGGAUGUUCCACUAUUCACGGAGAUGACUUGGGCCUUGGAGGUCCCAACGGGACGUGAGAGAGAUUCCGAAAUGGACUGGCUCACAGAGGACUGCACCCCUGCCUUACAGCUGGAGCGAAUUGCUCACUUUUAUCUCAAGAAUCUUCAUCAUUCGAUCCUGGAGCCCGUACGGUCACAGGUAAUGGGGCAUCAUUCUCACUUACUUACAUAUGCCGCCCAUUGCGUUGCGCUUGUCGAGUCUGGAGAUCACCCAUUUGCCGGACAGGAAUGGGCAAACGACACAAGAGAGACUAUCUCGCAUACACUCGAUAGAUUUGCGAACAGCAUUGAUGGCAAGGCCAUGCGUCUAGUUGGAGAGAGCCUCCCAUCUGUCGUUCAGGGCGAAGCCAAUAUCCUUGACAUUUUGAUGCAGGAUAAUACGUUGGCUCAAUUCCAUGCCGGGACUCUUGGAAUGCGAUCGUACCUGAACGAAGUGGCCCGGAUCGCUAGCCAAAUCAGCCACAGGUACCCUCAUAUCAACAUUCUGGAAAUUGGGGCCGGUUCUGGCGAGACAACCGAGUCUGUCCUUCGUGAGGUCGACACAGCGUUUGCUUCUUACACCUACACCGACUUCUUGAGUACUUGGUUUGAUAGUGCGCAAGAUAAAUUUCAACCAUACCAGGCCAAAAUGGCAUUCAAAGUCCUGGAUAUUGAGAAGGAUGUCAGCGAACAGGGUUACGGAGAAGAGUCGUAUGAUCUAGUUAUCGCGACUCUUGCUCUAUAUGCUACGAAGAAUCUCGGGCACACACUCUCGAACAUCCGCCGCUUAUUGAAGCCAGGUGGAUAUCUGCUCAUUUUGGAACUAACAGAUCCCAACGUGAUGCGUUUUGGGGUUGUCCUCGCGGGCCUUCCAGGGUGGUGGUUAGGUCAUCAAGAGGGGCGAACGUUGUCACCGAGCAUAUCGCAAGAGGAAUGGGAUGACUUGAUGAGAGCGGCCGGCUUUUCUGGUAUUGAUGUUUCCGUCCCUCAUAACACUGAACGACUGCUUCCGUUUUCGAUUAUGGUAUCUCAGGCAACUGAUCAUCGCAUGAGCCUUUUGCGGGAUCCUCUUGCCACAAGCCACCAAGCGCUGGAUGUCGAGUCAUUGACCCUCAUUGGUGGAAAGACAGCGCUCACUACUACCAUGGUGAAACAUAUCAAGAAUGUCGUUGGUCGACAUUAUAAAUCCAUCAGAAGCUAUGCGGGACUUGCAGAGAUCGGUAUCGAGGAACUUCCGUUCAUGGGAACGGUUCUCAGCUUAGCCGAGCUGGACGCGCCUGCGUUCAUAUCAAUGACCCCGGAAAGCUUGAAGGCUUUCCAAGAGCUUUUCCGGCAGAGCAAGAAUGUUCUGUGGGUGGGACAUGGCGCUCGAGGAGAAAAUCCGGUUGGCAACAUGUUCACUGGUAUCCAACGGACCAUCGCUAAGGAAAUGCAUCACUUGCGCAUUCAGUUCCUCAAUUUCUCUUCGCCCACGGAAGCUGAUGCAGAUCUGAUUGGAGAAAGGCUCCUUCAGCUUGUCGCCGCUGACGUCUGGGAACAGAGCAACCAGUUGGAGGGAAUCCUUUGGUAUACCGAACGGGAGAUAUCGGUGAGAAAUGGAAAGGCUUUCAUUCCCCGACUUCGAUUGCAAACCCAAAGGAAUGACAGAUAUAACUCCUCCAAACGGCUCAUUGUCGAUACGGUUGAUCGUAACAACGCUACGGUGGCCAUUUCGCGGGCUGGGAAUUACCAGGUUACGGAGACGGACACGCUGAAAUUACCACUUUUCGAUGGUCAGACUGAGAUUCAGAUAACUCACAGCCUCCUUCGCUCCCUGAUGAUCACUGAAUCAGACCAGUUGUUCCUGGUUGCUGGGAAAACCCCCAAGGGCAAUGGCUACGUGGUGGCUCUCGCCGAGAAUUUGACUUCUCUUGUCCAUGUGCCACCAUCAUGGACUGUGACGUGUGGAGAAUCAGAGGACCAAGCCAUUCAAUCAUUGAUCAGUCUCUACAUUCAUUUCCUAGCCCAGUCAAUGGUCAAGAAAGUUCUUCCAGGAAAGGCAUUGGCUGUGUUGGACCCAGACUAUUCCAUCGCUGCCGUUUUGACAGACUAUGCCCAUCAAAGGGGGGUGCAACUUGUUCUUUUCACCACAAAAGAUAGUUCUUGCUCCUCGCCGUGGACUCAUAUUCAUCGACAUACAACACGUCGCGAAAUAUCAAACAAGAUUCCACCCAAUGUAACUCGGCUAGUGAAUGUCGGCGGAGACAGUGAUGUUGCAUGUUUGCUGAAAGAGCUUUUGCCAGCUGACUGCCUCUUAGAGAGCGAACUAGAUCUGACAAGGGAGGGCUCCCAAACAUCCCCCCACCUGGCUGUGAAUCAAAUAUCCUCACAACUGCAGACUACCUGGACAACAGCAAGCAGUGGUCAUACCCCAGUCAAUCUACAUAGACUUCCCCAGUUAAGCCUUCGCGAUCUGAUUGAAAGUCAGCAACAAUCACUUCCACAGUCAGUCAUUACCUGGGAUCACUUGAAGCUACCAGUACAGGUGAUCCCAGCCAGCAAGCGGGUCAAGUUCGCCAAGAACAAAACAUACUGGCUCGUCGGACUGACACGAGGCCUUGGUCUCUCACUAUGCCAGUGGAUGGCACGACAAGGGGCCAAGUACAUUGCACUGUCUAGUCGAAACCCCAAGGUAGAUGAGCAGUGGAUACAAAAAAUGGCCUGCAAUGGAUGCAUUGUGCGUGUUUUUGCGACUGAUAUUACGAAUCGUGUUUCUGUUCACAACACUCACCGCCAUAUUCUUGACGCAAUGCCUCCAAUUGGUGGUGUGGCACAGGGAGCAAUGGUUCUGCAAGAUACCAUGUUUCUUGACCUUGAUCUCGCCCGGUUCAACACUGUCCUUCAACCGAAGGUAAAGGGCAGUCUCUUGCUUGACGAGCUUUUCUCAGACAACUCGCUGGACUUUAUGAUUUUCUUUUCAUCCAUGGCUGCUUUGACUGGUAAUCCAGGUCAGACCGCGUACAACGCUGCUAAUAUGUUCAUGGCCAGCUUAGCGGCUCAACGCCAAAAACGUGGCUUAGCGGGCCAUGCCAUCAAUAUCGGGCCCAUCGUGGGUAAUGGGUACGUAACCAGAGAACUCAAUAUGAGCCAGCAGUCGUAUUUAUACAAAGUCGGCCAUUCAUGGAUGUCAGAGCAAGACUUCCAUGAGAUCUUUGCGGAGGGAGUCCUCUCCUGCUUGCAAAGGACCAAUACUGCCGAUAUUUGCAGUGGUCUCCGGAUCGACGAUGAUGAUUCCAAGGACUGGAUAGCCAACCCCAUAUUCCAACACCUCGUCUUCAAAUCCAAUACCUUGAUCGAGGGCGACAAAAAGAACAAAACGAGCGUUGUGGCCAAAGCUCGGCUGUUGGAGACUACCUCAAACCUUGAAGUGAUGGCUGUUUUACAGGAUGCUUUCACGCUUAAAUUGCAAUCCGCCCUUCAACUCGAUCCGAACAAAUCUCUACUUGAUAUGAGUCCAGAUGAGCUCGGCGUUGAUUCUCUGAAUGCAGUCGACUUCCGCUCUUACUUCCUCAAAGAGCUUGGUGUAGACAUACCUGUGUUGAAAAUCGUCAAUGCGGUAUCCAUCCGGGAUCUGCUUGUCUUCGUCGCAAGCUCUCUCCCAGAAUCUUUGAUCCCGAACCUGAAAGACAACGACAAUUCCGAUACAAGAUCGCAAAUUUCUCGGCCACCCAGCCCGCCGACACCUAUCAGCCCUUCAUCAACCCUUGAGAUAUCGCCAAGCGAUCCUGUCUCACUAGACAAAGAUGAACCCGAAGCAUUUCAUCUGGACUAUCUCCAAUCUUUGAAUCUAGGAAGCAGCAAGUCCUCGGGCUCAUUAAAUGUCGGCGAUUCCAGCUCUGACCCGAAUGAAGACAAAGUUUCUUUGAGCUCUCUCGAUAAUGAUUCAGAGGUGAUCGAAAGGCGCGACGUUCACAGAACUGUUCCAAUGUCCUUUGGGCAAUCGCGCUUUUGGUUCCUCAGGUCAUUCGUUCAAGACCAUACUGCAUUCAAUGUCACUCCCACCUUCGAACUAACAGGUAAACUAAAUGUCGAGAAGUUUGCGCGUGCAGUCGACAUUGUUGGUCAACGGCAUGAGGCGCUGAGAAGUUUCUUCUUUACGGAUGAAAGCAAGCGGCAUAUGCAAGGAGUCUGGGCGACCUCGCCUCUACGCCUGGAGCACGACCAUGUUACAGACAAAAGCGAAGUUGACUUGGCCUUGCACCGAAUGAAAAUACAUAUCUUCAAUAUUGCCGAGGGAGAAGUCAUCCGCAUACAGCUACUUUCUUUAGCCCCUAACCAUCACUGGUUGAUCUUUGGCUUUCAUCAUAUCAACAUGGACGGGGUUAGCUUUGAAACCAUCUGGUCAGAACUUGAGCAGGCUUAUAAAGGUACACUCACUCCGCUUGAUUCGCUUCAAUUUCCAGACUUCGCUACAAGACAACUGCGCCAAUUUGAAGAAGGCGCCUGGGCAGAUGAUCUCGAAUACUGGAGGGAAACGUUUGCGGUCCUUCCGCCGCCAAUUCCAUUGCUUCAUUUCUCUCUUCAACCAGCUCGCCCGAACGUUUCCGGCUAUGCCACUCAUGGUGCUCAAAUCCGCCUUGACGCUGGAUUAUCAGAUGAGAUUGACAAAUGUUGUCGGAUGUUCAAAGUUAGCACAUUUCAUUUCCAUCUUGCGGUUUGGCAAAUCCUUCUCCACCGCCAUUUGAAUGUCGGGGAUAUUUGUGUUGGUCUUGCCGACAGCAAUCGCACGGAUGCCGAUAUCCUGCAAAGUGUUGGAAUGUUCCUCAAUCUCCUUCCAAUAAAAUUCUCCCUGGACGCCUCUCAAUCCUUCGGCGAAGCACUGAAGGUCACACGGCGCGCUGCACAAGAAGCUCUCGCACAUUCCCGCGUUCCUUUUGAUGUCAUUCUAUCCGACCUUAAUGUUCCCCGUUCGGCAUCAUACAGCCCUCUGUUCCAAGCAUUUUUCAAUUAUCGUCCACGAACGGAGGAGUCCCGGGACUUCUGUGGUUGCCAAGCCGAAGGAACGCUCCUGACAGCGGGUGAGACAUCUCACGAUCUUCACCUGGAUGUUGCCCAUUUUGCAAGUGGGCAAACACUUGUUCAUCUCCUCGUCCAGAAGGAUCUAUAUGGUCUGGAACAUGCCGAGAUUCUUCUUCGUAGCUACCAAAAUCUUGUUCGGGCAUUCACCCGAAACCCUGCAACAAAAGUGGCAUGGCCUCCCUUGUUUUUGGAGGCUGAUAUCGACGAAGGACUAUUGGCAGGCCGAGGCCCGGAAUCACCAAGCCUGUGGUCACCCACGUUGGUUCACCGCAUAGAUGAUAUCACAGACCUGUAUCCCGGCCGGAUUGGUGUUAAAGAGCCCGAUGGGGUUCAACUCACGUACUUCCAGCUACAGGAGCGAGUCACUGUGGUCGCAAAUGAGCUUGUCGGCCGAGGAGUUGCUUUCGGGACUCGCGUUGGUGUCUUUCAGUCGGCGAGUGUAAAUUGGAUUUGCUCGCUGCUGGCAGUCUGGCGCGUUGGUGCCACGUAUCUUCCGCUGGACAAGAAAGUCGGCAUGGAUCGAUUAUCGAUGAUGAUCGCUGAAUCGAAGGCUCUUGUCAUUCUCACAGAAUCCACAACUACGGCCGACUUUCCAUUGCUCCACAGCUCGGCACAGCAGCUCAACGUCAGCACCCUUCCUGCAUCGUCCCAAAGCCUAGUCGCAAACCAAGCUACACCAACUCUAACGGCAGCCAUUAUGUACACUAGCGGCUCAACCGGUGUGCCGAAAGGGAUCUCUAUCAGUCAUUCUUCAUACCUGCACCAAAUCCAGUCAUCUAGCCUGGCUUGGGGGUUCCCGUCGGGGAAGGAAACAGUGCUUCACCAGUCAUCCUAUGCAUGGGACAUGUCGAUGUAUCAGAUCCUAGUUUCGCUUUGCAACGGUGCAACGAUAGUGAUCGUCCCGAACACCAGACGAGGUGAUCCGCUCGCCAUCACGGCUCUCAUUGCAUCUGAAAAGGUGACUACAGUAUUUGCAACGCCAACAGAAUAUCUUUCAUGGUUCCGACACGGUCGCUCGUCAUUGCAGGAGUCCAUACUCACAACGGCAAUCUCAGGAGGCGAAGCCAUGACCGAUACCCUUGCCAAAGAGUUUCAAUCGCUGGACAAAUCGGAGCUGAGGCUGUUCAAUGCUUAUGGCCCCGCGGAAAUAACAAUCGCUUCCAGUACGGCAGAGAUUGAUUACACUCAAUUCAAAACGGACACUGUGGACUCUUGCUUCGGCCUCUAUACACUUUCAAACUAUUCAGUCUACAUCGUCGAUGAGAACCUUCAACCAGUUCCACUUGGUUUGCCUGGAGAAGUAUUCAUUGGAGGCGCUGGUGUUGCACAAGGAUAUCUCGAUCCCCGUCUGACAACAAAGAGCUUUUUUCCCGAUCGUUAUGCGAGCUCAUUCUUCAAGAGCGAGGGAUGGACAACAGCUUAUCGGACAGGCGACCGAGGACGGCUUACACAAGACGGACGUUUGGUUCUAUUGGGACGUAUCGAGGGUGACAAUCAAAUAAAACUUGGGGGAAUCCGCAUUAAUAUCGAAGAGAUUGAGUCCACCCUUGUCCGAGGCUCUAAAGGGCGCCUCUCCCAGGCCGUGGUUUCGGUUCGCUCAGAUUCCGGACACGCUAACAGUGAACCAUUCCUCGUUGCCUUUGUUGUUCCCGGCAAUGCCGAGGCCCCUGAGGAUGUGUCUCAAUUCUUGGCGAGUUUUGCAAUCAACUUACCGCUGCCUCCGUAUAUGCGACCGGCCUUGAUGAUUCCGAUCCCCAUUGUGCCUCAAAAUGCCUCUGGAAAAGUUGAUCGAUACGCCAUCAGCAGAAUUCCCAUUCAAAGGCCUAUUCCCCAAAUGGUCUGCGAUGAGGCUCCAGCGCCGAUAGAGCAAUCGCUGCGAAGAUUAUGGCAAGAGGUCAUACCGCAGGACCUUGUCGCGCUCCAUUCAAUCAAUUCACGGUCCGACUUUUUCCAUGUCGGCGGAAGCUCACUUUCCCUAGUCGACCUUCAAGCACUUGUCCAGGAUCGAUUCGGUGUAUCUGUACCAUUGUAUCAGCUCUUUGAGGCAAGCACUCUACAAAGGAUGGCUCAUCGCAUUCAGAACAUAUCACCCGCGCACGUUUCGCAGUCGGUGGACUGGGAUGAAGAACUGGAAAGUCUACUUACUGAGUUACCAAUCUCUCCGAAUAUAGAAUCGACCACCGCGCCUUCUGGGACAGGUGUUGUGAUCCUUACCGGGGCAACGGGCUUCAUUGGCAAAGAGAUCCUUCGUCAGCUUGUGGAGGAUGAUAGGGUCCAGGCUGUCUAUUGUCUUGCUGUCAGGAAGCCUCUGGCCCAGCUGCCCGCCAUUUUUGCCAGUCAGAAGGUUCAUGUCUAUCAUGGAAACUUGGGAUCUCCUCAGCUAGGAUUGUCCGAUGAGGAUGCAGUCUCGAUCUUUGACUCAGCAGAUGUGGUGAUUCAUAAUGGGGCAGAUGUUUCCUUCAUGAAAAGCUAUCAGUCACUCAAACUGACCAAUGUUGCCUCGACGGCGGAGCUUGUCAAACUUACUUUGCCCCGACGUGUUCCUUUCCACUUCAUCUCAUCGGGAAGUGUCACCCGUUUUGCCCUCCAAGAAUCCUUUGAGGAGGCUUCUCUAGCCUCCUAUCCGCCUCCUGGAAUCCCUCGAGACGGUUAUGCAACGGCCAAAUGGGUGAGUGAGGUAUAUCUCGAGCGUGUGAGCCAACAAUUGGGCCUCCCAGUGUGGAUCCACCGCCCGUCGAGCGUGACAGGUGCCGGCGCGCCAGAGCUGGAUCUGAUGAGCAACAUUAUGCGCUACUGUCAAGCGAUCAGAAAGAUUCCGGACUCAAAAUCAUGGACUGGUGUUUUCGAUUUUAUCUCAGUGGAGUCAGCAGCGGCGCAAAUUAUACACGCAGUCCACCUGUCCGGUGCGUCUGUUUCGGAUGGAGGUGGGGUGGAGUUUAUCCAUGAGUCCGGUGAAAUUCAAGUGGGCCAAGACGAAGUGCAGUCAUUGAUGGAACGGGGCUCUGGUCAGCGAUAUGAAGCCGUCCCGGUAAUCGAGUGGGUCGAAGAAGCCGAGAAAGCGGGCAUGAGUGCUCUUCUCGGGAUGUAUUUGCACCAGGCUUCGGAGGGCCAAAUGCUCCUCCCCAGACUGCUUAAGGGCAAUGUGGAAUCUGCGAGAUAA